AUGGCAUCAGCACUCAAAGCUCGUUUGCAGAGGACCGUGCAGAGUUGGCAUCGCUAUGGACUGGCUGUGGUGAAGAUGGAUCCGCUGGGGGGCGAGCCCUUCCGGAGGCCAUUGCCGAUAUUCGAGAUGAGCGACCCUUCCCACCUUGAUCAAUUCGCGCUCGGAUGUGACGCCGACAUGGGCGGCUACUCGACUGUCCAACUGGCCAUCCAGCAAUCCCCCAGCCACCCUUUCCCUCACGGCGUCUUUCGCGGUACUCUGCGCUCUGAGUUGGGCGAACAAGCUCUGAAAUCUGGAAUCUUGAAAGCUGGUGGCUAUGCUGGCUUCCGAACUAGGGUCCGAGAGAUGUUGAUUGGUGAAGACAACUGGAACGCAGAGCAACACGAGUUUUUGAGACUUCGGGUUAAAAACUCCGGGGAUGGGAUGAAAUAUUUCGUCAACAUCCAAACCGAAGGUCCAGUGUCCACCGAUAUCUUUCAGCAUCGGCUCUGGCUUGGUCCCCCAGGUGAAUGGGAGGAUGUUCUCAUCCCACUUGCCGAUUUCGCGUUGACCAACAAAGGUCAGAUUGUCAACAAUCAGUUCGAGAUGCCCCGGGAAUCGAUCAGGACUGUCGGGAUUUCGGUCUUGGAGAAGCCGGGGCCGUAUGAGCUUGGGAUCCUCAAGGUGGACUGCGUCAGUGAGAUCGGUCUCAAGCUGGAGGAACUGGAACAAGAAGAGACUUCGCGCUCCGUACCCGGUUAA